CAGGUGAGUGGGAGUGCAGGUUGAAAAAUGCAGACCACCAAGGCACUGCUCGUUUCUCCAGGUCUGAUCCGCUCCUGUACCAGGGGUCUACUCAGGCCUGUGUCCGCUUCCCUCUUGAGUAGCCCAGAGGACCCAUCUAAACAGCCUUCCUACAGCAGCUCCCCUCUCCAGGUGGCCAGACGGGAAUUCCAGACCAGUGUUGUGUCCCGGGACUUUGACACAGCCGCCAAGUUCAUUGGUGUGGCUGGAUCAGGGACUGGCAUUGGAACAGUGUUUGGUAGCUAUGCCAGGAACCCGUCUCUCAAGCAACAGCUCUUCUCCUAUGCCAUUCUGGGUGUUGCCCUGUCUGAGGCCAUGGGGCUCUUCUGUUUGAUGGUCGCCUUCCUCAUCCUCUUCGCCAUGUGAGGCUCCGUGGGGUCACCCAGCCGUCCCCGCUGCUUCGACUCCAUGCCAGUCCUGGUGCUGGAGUGUGCUAAGCUUUACC